AUGGGUGUUGGUGCACAUAAACAUCAUUACGAUAAUGAAAAAAUCGAAAAAGAAAUGAAGUCUCAGGAAGAAGAUCCACUGACGAAAUUAAAAGAACUGUGUAGUAAUGAUCAUGCUUGUGCAGAAUUGAAAGAAAAAUUAGACGCAUGCAAUGAUCGCGUAAACGGAAAACCGUGGACAAAAGAAACAUGUCAAGAAGAAUUACUUGAUUUUCUUCAUUGCGUGGACGAGUGUAGAAAAAAUAUUAAAAUGGCGUUAACGCGUUUACAUCAUGUUUUAGCCUUUUUUGGUUUAUUAACAGCAAUCAUUUAUGGUCUCUAUUCCUUAUUUGAUCAUCGUCCACCAUGUUAUUCACUCGAUGAUCAAUAUUUUGGUCCCAUUGAUCAUAACCGCGAUAUGGACUCAGAUAUUCAAAUAUAUCCAUUUAAAAUUCCAUUUAGUCAUUCUCAGUUAGAUGAUUUACAUUCGCGUUUAAGAAAGACACGUUUUUAUCAACCAUUAAAUGAUCCAGAAAAUAUCACACAAUCACAAUAUGGUUUUAAUCGUCAAACAGCUGAACCUAUUCGAGAUUAUUGGUUAAAUACAUUUGAUUGGCAAAAAGUUGUAGCUGAUUUAAAUGAAUUCUCACAUUAUAAAACAAUGAUUGAUGGUAUCAACAUUCAUUUUGUCCGAACACAAACAAAAUCAACUCAAUAUCAACAUAAAAAAGCAAUUUUAUUUUUACAUGGUUGGCCCGGAUCAUUCUACGAAUAUUUAGAUGUAAUGAAAAUAUUGAAUACAUCAAUUAUGAUUGAAUAUGAUUUAAUCACUCCAUCAUUGCCAGGAUAUGGUUAUUCUGAUAUAACAACGCGAUCAAAAAUGACACCACAACAAAUAGCUCGAAUAUUUCAUCUUUUAAUGCAGCGUCUUGGCCAUAAUUCAUAUAUUGUUGUUGGAGGUGAUUGGGGAUCGAUUAUUGGAACUCUGAUGGCAAAAUUAUACCCAACACAUGUUAAAGGUUUAUUAAUAACCAUGGUCACUGAAUUUCCAUCAAAUUUAAUAAAUUCUAUUCGUACAUUAAUGGGAACAAUCAGCAAAUCAUUUUUAUUAGAUGAAGAUGAACAAGCAUUCAAACCAAAUUAUAAUAUAUGGAAUGAUCUAAAAUUUUUGUGGAAAGAAUCUGGAUAUUUUCAUUUACAAUCAACGAAACCUGACACAUUAGGUUAUGGACUCAAUGAUUCACCAAUCGGUUUAGCUUCAUAUAUAUUAGAAAAAUUUUCUAUAGGAAGUAAUAAUCAAACUGAAAUUGAUUCAUCAUCUAACUCUGGUCUUAGUCGUUUUACUCUUGAUCAGUUAUUAACAAAUAUAAUGAUUUAUUGGACAACAGAAACGAUUACAUCUUCGAUACGUCUCUACUAUGAAUUUAUGAAUUCUAUUAUGUCUGGUCAUGAUAAAAAAUUACUCUAUGGUCCUUUGACUAAAAGUGUACCAGUGGCUAUAUCAAAUUAUCGUAAUGAAAUAUUUUAUACACCAAAAGUGUUGGUUAAAUCAAAAUUUCCAAAUAUUAAACAAUGGUUAUAUCAUCAAGAAGGCGGACAUUUUGCUGCACUAGAAGUUCCAAAACAAUUUGUGCGUGAUAUUGAAAAAUUUGUUGCACUUAUUUGA